UGUUUACGCAGCCACCCAUUGGAACGGUUGGGCUGACAGAAAAAGACGCUAUUAAGCAGUAUGGAGAUGUCGAUGUGUACACUUCAAAUUUUCGGCCAAUGAAGGCUACGCUCUCAGGUUUGCCGGACCGCACAUUUAUGAAGAUGGUCGUGGAUGCGAAGACCGACACUGUUGUUGGCAUGCACAUGUGUGGGGAUGAUGCAGGGGAAAUUAUGCAGGGUUUCGCUGUUGCAGUGAAGGCAGGAAUUAGCAAGGCACAGCUGGACUCGACAAUAGGUAUUCACCCUACAGCAGCAGAGGAGUUUGUGACGAUGAGGUCACCAACAAGGAAGAUCCGUCAAAGUGCAGCCAAGGUCCUCGUGGAGGCAACUUGAGCCGGGGGACAGCCAAAAGAACCUACCUGGACGGUUUGGAAUGCUUGCUUCGUUCUCUACUUCUCCGGGUUCUCCCCACCUUGUGUGAGGGGUAGACCGGCGGGGCACACAAUUUUCUUUUCCUUGUUUUUUCCUCCUCCUGAAAAAUGUAAAUGCCCGCUCUGUCUCCCUGACGUACAUGGGUUUCCCUUUCACAUUUCCUGGUUAUGCUGGUGGCAUGUGAGGAGGGGAGGUCUGGAGUAUUUCUAACAUACUCCCCUGCCUCCGGUGUUGUGCCAUAUGUAAUCCUGGCGAAUUGCUCUUAGAACCGGUUUUUUUUUAUUUUAUUUUUUUUAUUAAUUUCACAGUUGUUUUCGAUCCAGGGUUUUCAGUUGCUGUUGUAAAGAAGAGAUCCUUCACUUCAGACUUUUAUUUUGAAAGCGAGUUCUACUGCGCAAUUGAUUGGAAAGGGGCACGAGUGCCAUCCCAUUCUUAUGAAACACUUCCGUGUCUCUUGUUAAGUCGACGCAUUUGCACUUUUCUAGUACCAAGUCAUUGUGGGCAAUAAGCAGCCUGUCUUGAGGCAGUUGAUUUGUCCCUGCAAGAUCAUAUAAUGCCCUCCUCCUCCUCCUCAUCAUCAUCAUCAUCAUCGUUUUCUUCCUCUUCUUCCUCCACCGCCUCUUUCUUGUCUACCUCCUGCUGGGCUCUCUCCUCGUCUUCUUCUCGUGGAUGCUUUCGAGUUCAAGACCCAGACUC